AUGUCGCACCCGGCUUUACCGCGUUCCUCUGUCCCCAGUGGCCUUGCGCCGCCCGCUCCAACCCCAGUUUACCCUCCGAGUAUGCACGGAUCAGGCGUGUUUCCUCCACCAGCACCACCACUCAGUAGUGCAGCACCAAGCCGGCCACAGUCGCGCGUUGAACCGCCUCCACUGAGCUCGACAUUGGGACCAAUGCCCGGGACGCUGGAGCGGCCGAUCGCAGGACCACGGAAGAGACUCAUUGUCACAUGCGACGGGACAUGGCUUGACGCCGACAACGGACUGUUGAAUGGCCAGAAACAACCUCCAUCCAAUGUGUCACGUAUAGGCUGGGCGAUCAAGGACACAUCAAGAGAUGGAAUCCCGCAAAUCGUCAACUACCAGGCCGGAGUGGGCACUUCAGGCGGGCCGGCAUCGCGGGCUGUAGGAGGAGCCACGGGACUCGGAUUGAAAGAGAACAUGCGCGAAGCAUACACGUACCUGGCGAUCAACUGGAGACCCGGCGACGAGAUAUUCCUGAUCGGCUUCAGCCGCGGCGCAUUCACGGCACGAAGUAUCGGCGGGAUGAUCGGGGCAUUGGGCCUAUUGACCCGAGCAGGACUACCGCUAUUCAAUGAAAUCUUCGAGGACUGGCAACACCGCUACGACGAUCGAUAUGUGUCCAAGUUCCCUGACGUGCCGUUUCCCGGCAAAGGACCCUUUGACCAGCACUAUAUUCAUGAGUUGGCGAGGCGCGGACUAACGACUCUCAAUGUGCCCAUCAAGGCGAUCUGUUGUUGGGACACGGUGGGCAGUCUAGGAAUCCCGCGACUCGGAUGGAUGGAGUCUUUGAGGUUGUCGAACCCUAACAUGCACGACUAUGACUUCUACGACACUCGAUUACAUCCCUGUGUGGAAAAUGCGUUCCAGGCCCUUGCACUGGAUGAGCGGCGGGGACCGUUUUCGCCUGCGCUGUGGGAACGACGAGAUAACGACCGCACUAAUCUCGUACAGGUCUGGUUCCCAGGCGUCCAUAGUAAUGUGGGAGGCGGAUACGAAGACCAAGAACUGGCAAACAUUACAUUGGCAUGGAUGAUUUCCAAACUCGAGCCGUUUCUGGAUUUCCGCCCAAAUUUCCUCAUGAGUCUCUGGGAGGAGAACAGGGCCUAUUACAAAGCUACAGGGCAGAAGACGCGCUGGUGGAGUUUCGGCGAGCUGUACAACUCGUUCAAAGGGUUCUAUAGUCUUGCCGGGUCUAAGACGCGCACUCCAGGCAACUACCACCGCACGGAUCCGUAUACCGGACGACCCACGGGCAAGAGACUGAAGAAUACUAACGAAUAUAUCCACGCGAGUGUGCGGAGUCGCUUGGGUCUUCAGGGCCCAGGGUCUCAGGACCGAGGCGUCUAUGAUCCGCCUGCACUGAGAGACUGGACAUUCGACACGGAAUUCGUUCCCCCAGGUCAAGGCGGCAAUGCGGACGGAUUGCUGGUUGUGUGGACCGACCGCAGCACGACAAAGCGCCGAAAUGGUGGUGGUCAGGAUAAGAUCCCAGAGGCACGUCUCUCCGAGACCGAGAUGGUGCUUCUUAGACAGAGUCCGAGAGUUUACGAAUAUGUUACGAAUCUAAGGCCGCCCUCGGCGCCGCGAGAAAAGAGGAAGUCACGCAGACAACAACCGGAAAUGGCUGGUGUUGGACCCCCACUGGCAGGCGGUGGAGGGGGAGUGUUCCCUCCUGCCAGUGCCCAGAAUUCGCGCCGGAAUAGUGUCAAGUUGGAUCCGGAUGGGUUGCCAAUUGACGAUGAGGACGAUGACCGUCGACGCAGGCGACGCAGAGAAUCCCGUGGUCCGGAUAGACAGAGACAUCGCCGGAGUCGACGGUACGAUGAUGAUUGA